CUCCCUUUAAUCAAAUUUCAAUAUCAAAUUUAAAUAUUUUCUCAAGUAUCAUCUGUUUUCCCGGUGGAAUUUCCCUGGGAAACAAACAGAAAUGGGGCAACAGCAAUCCAAGGACGAGUUGCUGUAUCAACAAGUGAAUUAUGGAAACGCCGAAGGCAUCAAAGCUCUUGCCAGACAAGGCGCAGGCUUAGAGUGGAUCGAUAAAGAAGGUAAAACUCCGUUGAUAGUGGCUUGUUUGAACCCUGGGCUUUAUAAUGUGGCGAAAACUUUGAUUGAGCUUGGAGCUAAUGUUAAUGCUUAUCGUCCUGGUUGCCAUGGUGGGACUCCUUUACAUCAUGCCGUGAAAAGAGGCCUUGAAAGGACUGUUAAAUUACUUCUUUCAAAUGGAGCAAAUGCAUUAGUUAUGAAUGAUGAUUGUCAAACUCCUCUAGAAGUUGCUAGAGCAAAAGGGUACAUCAAUGUUGUACGUGCAAUUGAGAGUCAUAUCUGCUUAUUCUCUGGUUGGUUACGGGAGUUCUAUGGUCCAGGAUUUCUGGAAAUGUUUGCCCCUCAGUUGCUUUCAAGAAAUGUCUGGACCGUCAUUUACCCUACUGGUUCCCGUAAUCCCACUAAGCCUUUCAAGUUGGAGCUUGCCAUAUAUCCUAGCUUGCAGGAUACCCAACCACAGACAGUCAUUGCAUUAUGGAAAGCCAAUCUGGAAGAACCAAAGUUUCACCAGUCUGAUUCUUCAGUGAUAAUUGUUGACAACAACAUCCCAAGAGGUAGGAGACAGCGACAAAGUUGUAAGCCUCGAAAACUUAGGCAAACGCGCAUUAGACUUGCACCUGCAAAUGAAAGUGACAAGCAGCAACUUCAGCACUUCUGUGAUGCAUGCAAAGGAAUACCACAGUUGAGCCCCACAUUUCUGCGAAAUCCUGAGACUCCUGUUGUUCAAGCAACUGCUCCACCAAAAUCAGAAGACUUGGAAUUAGCAAUGGCAAUUAAUGCCUCCAUUCAGUCAGCUAUUGCAGAGACACCGAAUUUUGAUCCCCAACGCAGCGAUGCAGCAAGUUCAUCCAUAAGUUGGUAUAACAGUAUGAAUGCUAAUUCUCAUAAUGGUGUUGUGACUACACCAGUGGCUCCUUUCCCUCAAAAAGGCGGUGGCGACCAAUGGGCAAAACAUGAAGCCCACUAUAGUGGAAACUUAUCUCAGCAGGCCAAUAACCAGAGUGACAACAUGCCUGCUACCCAGAUAUCGAUUCAUGUCCCAGAUGCAAGCCCUUCAGCUCCUCCAGUUACAGAGGAGAUUAUAGAAGAUGGUCCAAUCCAGUACCCAUCUAUCGACUUAGGGCUGGUUGAUAUAUCUUCCCCUCCAGUUGAAGAAUUGCCUGCUAGCAAAAGGGAAAUGAAAGAGGAUAAAGAGGCUGGAUCAUCAUGUGUGAUAUGUUUGGAUGCUCCAGUUGAGGGGGCUUGUGUACCUUGUGGUCACAUGGCUGGAUGUAUGUCUUGUUUGAAUGAGGUCAAAUCCAAAAAAUGGGGUUGCCCUGUGUGUCGUGCUAAGAUCAACCAGAUAUUAAUGGCAGUCUUUCUUGGUUUUUUGUAUUCAUAUUAUGGAUCCAUUUUUGGCUCUUCAAACCAUGCUGCAUCGGCUUUAGAAUAUGGGAAAUCUUUGAGAAAACUAGGGUCUUCUUACCUGGGUGGGGAUGAUAAUACUGAUGGAAAGCAAGACAAAUCUGCAAAAUUGAUACUAGAAGACGGAGAUGAUGAUGUCUUACCAAAGAGUUUCCCUGUUUGUGAUGAUCGGCAUUCAGAACUAAUUCCCUGCUUAGACAGGAAUCUCAUAUAUCAAAUGAGAUUAAAGCUGGACUUGUCAUUGAUGGAGCACUACGAACGUCACUGCCCACCUCCUGAGAGGCGAUACAAUUGCUUGAUUCCUCCUCCACGUGGCUACAAGAUCCCAGUUAAAUGGCCUAAAAGCAGAGAUAAAGUAUGGAAGGCAAACAUUCCUCAUACUCACCUUGCACACGAGAAGUCUGACCAGAAUUGGAUGGUUGUAAAAGGUGAAAAGAUUGUAUUCCCUGGGGGUGGCACUCAUUUCCACUAUGGAGCUGAUAAGUAUAUUGCUUCGAUUGCAAAUAUGCUCAACUUUACAGGCAACAAUAUAAACAAUGAAGGAAAAUUACGAACAGUUCUUGAUGUUGGAUGUGGUGUUGCAAGCUUUGGAGCUUAUCUUCUCUCAUCUGAUGUCAUAGCCAUGUCCUUAGCACCCAAUGAUGUGCAUCAAAACCAAAUCCAGUUUGCUCUAGAGAGGGGAAUUCCUGCAUAUCUUGGAGUUCUAGGAACUAAGAGGCUUCCUUACCCAAGCAGAUCUUUUGAACUUGCUCACUGCUCUCGUUGUAGGAUUGACUGGCUUCAAAGAGAUGGAAUUCUUCUUCUUGAGCUAGAUAGGUUGCUCAGGCCAGGAGGCUAUUUUGCUUACUCAUCUCCUGAAGCUUAUGCACAGGAUGAAGAGGAUCUCAGGAUAUGGAGAGAGAUGAGUGCCCUUGUUGAACGCAUGUGUUGGAGGAUAGCUGCAAAGAGGAAUCAGACUGUUAUUUGGCAAAAACCUCUAACAAAUGACUGCUAUAUGGAAAGAGCACCUGGUACAAAUCCUCCUCUUUGUCGCUCUGAUGAUGAUCCUGAUGCAGUAUGGGGUGUGCCAAUGGAAGCUUGCAUCACACCGUACUCUGACCAUGACCAGAAAGCCAAAGGGAGUGGAUUGGCUCCUUGGCCAGCUAGACUGUCUGCCCCCCCUCCCCGACUUGUUGAUUUUGGCUAUUCUAGUGACAUGUAUGAGAAAGACACGGAAAUUUGGCAACGAAGAGUGGAGAGUUAUUGGAACCUCUUGAGUCCAAAGAUUGAAUCUGAUACGCUGAGAAACGUGAUGGAUAUGAAAGCAAACUUAGGAUCAUUUGCUGCUGCCCUCAAGGAAAUGAAUGUUUGGGUGAUGAAUGUUGUCUCUGAGGAUGGACCAAACACUCUCAAGUUGAUAUACGACAGAGGCCUGAUCGGCUCUGUUCACAAUUGGUGUGAAGCCUUUUCCACAUACCCCCGGACAUAUGAUUUACUUCAUGCUUGGAGUGUCUUUGCCGAUAUUGAGAAAAAGGGCUGCAGUGGUGAGGAUCUGCUGCUUGAGAUGGAUCGCAUCCUAAGGCCUAGUGGUUUCAUUAUCAUCCGCGACAAACAAUCAGUGGUAGACUUUGUAAAGAAGUAUCUGACAGCUUUACACUGGGAAGCUGUGGCAACUGCCAAAGCAAGUUUAGAUUCAGAAUACGACAGGGACGAAACCAUUUUUGUUAUCCAGAAGAAGUUGUGGCUGACAAGCGAAAGCCUCAGGGAUGCUGAAUAGAAGAAUAUGACCAUAAGGCAAGGCUUGUACGAUACCGGUUUUCCAUUAUAUUCUCUGCAGCGCCGAGGGAUUCAGAAGUGCAUCCCAAGUAGUGAAGCAGUAAAACAAUUUCAUUUUGUAGCGUUAAGUGAUGUUUACAUUAUUUUUUUCCUUGUAACAAUGAUUUUAUUUGAUAAACCAUGAACACUAUCAGCAUCUAUAGGCUCUAUUCUUGAAAUAUAUUUUUCUCUAUCCAUUUUGAGCUUUACCAAGGAUGCUUCAGCAGAUGUUUAGUAAUCAGAAGGCAUUACAUGUGCUGCUGAAGAAGUACCUGAACUGUCUUGGCAACUUAUUUAUAAAUGAAUCUUCUCAUUAUAGUA